GAAUACCCGUCUCAUCACUGUCUUCUCUGUCGAAAAGUGUUUUUGCCGCCGUUCCAUCUACCACUUUUUCUUUUCAGAGAAAGUUGAAUUAACGUUUCUUUUUUUCUACUUGUGUGCGUGACGUUCAGCUGUCUCCUACCGCCAACAUGCCGAAGGGAACGAUACCAGCCGGGCAGGACUGGGAGGAGCAGCGCUUCAACUUCCAGCAGCGCGGCGCCGGCGCCGCGGCAAAACCGCGUGUCGUGAAUGAGCGCGACGCCAGCCGCGCCAUUCAAAGCGGGCAGGCGGUGCAGGUGCAGCGCAAGGAGCACCAGCAGGCGAACCAGCAAGCCGCGAGCGCCGGCGCCAACGCGAAGAAGCUGGAUGAGGAUAACGAAUCGCUGAAGGUGAAGAAGGUUGACCCGCACCUGCGUGUGCGCAUCAUGAAGGCACGCCAGGGCCUCAACUGGUCUCAGCAAGACCUCGCCCAGCGAAUUUCGGAGCGCGCCUCUGUUGUGGCGGAAUACGAGAACGGCAAGGCGGUGCCGGAUGAGCGUGUCAUUGUCAAGAUGGAGAAGGCGCUCGGUAUGCAUCUGCGUGGCGCGAAGGCCGGCGAGCCGAUGGGCAAGAUCCGUCCUACUCCAAAGCCACAGGAAUAA